AUGGACAGGGCAGUCGUUGGACACAGAGAGCCGCUGCCUGAUGAUAGCAAAGACAAUAUCACCAUCUUCACCCGAAUCUUAGACAGGCUGCUGGAUGGAUAUGACAACAGGCUACGUCCUGGGCUGGGAGAGAGUGUGACAGAAGUGAGGACAAACAUCUAUGUGACGAGUUUCGGGCCGGUGUCAGACACAGACAUGGAGUACACCAUCGACGUCUUCUUCCGGCAGAGCUGGAGGGACGAGAGGCUGAAGUUUGACGGGCCCAUGCAGGUUUUACCCCUCAACAACCUCCUGGCGAGUAAGAUCUGGACUCCCGAUACGUUUUUCCACAACGGAAAGAAAUCCGUGGCCCACAACAUGACGACUCCGAACAAACUGCUACGACUAGUCGACAACGGCACGCUUCUCUACACGAUGAGGUUGACCAUUCAUGCCGAGUGCCCCAUGCACCUGGAGGAUUUCCCAAUGGAUGCACACGCCUGUCCUCUGAAGUUUGGAAGUUAUGCUUACACCAACAACGAGGUGAUCUACCUGUGGACCCAGGGGGACGAGAGGUCCGUCGCCGUGGCGGAGGACGGUUCCAGACUGAACCAGUACGACUUACUGGGACACGUUAUUGGCAAAGAAACCAUCAGUUCCAGCACAGGAGAAUAUGUAGUGAUGACAACAUAUUUCCAUUUGAAAAGGAAAAUUGGCUAUUUUGUGAUUCAAACCUACCUUCCGUGCAUCAUGACUGUCAUACUGUCUCAGGUCUCCUUCUGGCUAAACAGGGAAUCGGUUCCUGCGCGCACCGUGUUUGGGGUCACCACUGUCCUAACCAUGACCACCCUGAGCAUCAGUGCUAGAAACUCCCUUCCUAAGGUGGCCUAUGCCACCGCCAUGGACUGGUUCAUGGCUGUGUGCUAUGCCUUUGUCUUCUCUGCCUUGAUUGAGUUUGCCACUGUCAACUACUUCACCAAGCGCAGCUGGGCAUGGGAUGGGAAAAAAGAGGGCAUGGAAAUAAGGGAACCGUUUCAGGCUAACAUGGCCAGGAUUAAAGAUAUGAGAAGAGAAUCCGCGACUUUGUCCAAAAAGGCAAACAACACCUUCAACAUUGUCGGAACCACGUAUGCCAUCAACGUGGCCAAAGACCAAGGCUUGACGACCAUUUCCAAGAGCGCCACCGGAGCGUCGGUCAAACACCCCUACCUGCAUAAAAUGGAUGACCCCUACACAGAGGCCAAGAAGUCCUACAACCGCGUCAGCAAAGUGGACAAGAUAUCGCGCAUCAUUUUCCCAGUUCUGUUCUUCAUCUUCAACUUAGGCUACUGGGCCACGUAUGUCAACAGAAAGCCCGCGAUCAUGAAGGCCAACAAUCUAAACUGA